CGGUGCGCAACUGACUACGCAAGUCUAUUUAUAGAAUGUCAAUUCACCGGUACCUGUAACCGGAAGUCACACCUGAGGUUGGCGUAGACCUUUGAGACGACGAAAUACCGUCCCUCAGGACAGAUCUCGAUAGCUGACCAUGGACGGGGGUAAGAAGGUCUGGGUGCCCCACCCGACUGAGGGGUUCAAACUGGGGCGUAUCGUGGACAUCGGGAGCGACAGUAUUGCCAUAGAACCAUUCGACGCUCCCGGCACUACAAUCAAUGCUAUUUACGAUCGGACGUUUCCUGCGGAGGAAUAUGAUAACAAAGAUGUGGAUGACAACUGUGCUCUUAUGUACCUGAAUGAAGCCACUCUCCUGAACAACUUGAGAAUUCGAUACAUGAAAAACCAGAUCUAUACAUACACUGCCAACAUCCUGAUCGCCAUUAACCCGUACUAUGAGAUUCCUGACUUGUAUACCUCGGCCACCAUCAAAAAGUACAAAGGGAAGUCACUGGGGACUCUCCCUCCUCACGUUUACGCUAUAG